UUAGUGAAGAUGUUCAAUUUUCUCAUGUCUCAUUCGUAAACAACAGAGUACCCCGAGUCUUUGCUUUCUGUUUAUUUUUUAUCAUGUAUUCCUUUGUGGCCUUCAUAUUCGUUUCGUUUCGUAACUGCCCGAUCCCCCGUUCUCUUGUAGUAUUUCUCACUUGAAAACGUGCGGUUUAUUUUUGCGAAUGAAAUGUUAUUAAUUAAAAGAUUUGGUAGCACAUUUCAACGAAUAAACACAAUUUGCCAAGCCAAGCAACCUGGGGAUUCACUAGGAGUUAGAGGAUGGAUCAAGAAUAUACGACGACUAAAGAACAACAUAUUCUUGGACAUUAAUGAUGGUUCAACAACGCAAAAAUUUCAAAUUGUAGUACCCAAAAAUGAUGCCACGAAAGCAUUGACAGCGGGCAGUCUAAUUAAAGCCACUGGUAAAGUGCAACUUGCGCCACAUGGUCAUUAUGAAUUACAUGCCGAUGAAGUAGAAACAUUGGCUGAUGGUCACUUAACGGAGGGAUUUCCUUUUUCACCAAAGCAACAUCAUGCGCCAGAGUAUGUAAGGGAUUACCUGCAUUUACGUUCUCGUGUUGAUUACAUUGCUGCCGCAAUGCGACUCAGACAUAAAGCACAAAAGGCUCUGCAUGAUUUUAUGGACAACAAUGAAUUUGUACAAAUUCACACCCCCAUAAUUACCACAAAUGAUUGCGAAGGUGCUGGAGAGGUUUUUACAGUACGCCCUGACUCGGAGUCGUUACUUAAUCAAAUGUCACGCCCUGAUGUCCCCAAAGAAAAUAGUUACUUUGAUUCGAAAGUAUACCUCACGGUCUCGGGACAAUUGCAUUUAGAAUCUAUGUCCUAUGGCUUGGGAAACACAUAUUGCUUUGGUCCAGCAUUCAGAGCGGAAAACACUAAAUCUCCUUUACAUCUCUCCGAAUUCUAUAUGUUUGAAGCUGAAAUGACAUACAUUGAAGAUUUAUCCAGCCUUUGUACGUUUAUGGAGAAAAUGAUCAAAUCUAUUUCGCAACAAAUACUGGAGACAAGCUCAUUGGAUUUAGAAUUUUGCCAAAAGAACGCUUUGGGCGACAAACAAGUUUUAGGGUGGCUAGAUAAAAGUUGGAUAACACUGAACUACAAAGAGGCUUUGGAUAUAAUUGUAAGGAAUAAGGAUAAAUUUAAAACUGCCAUAACACCCGAUGAGGGGUUCUCGAAAGAGCAAGAACUGUUUUUAGUGGAACAUUGUAAGGCCCCUGUAUUCGUCAUAGACUGGCCUUCGGCGCAGAAACCGUUCUAUAUGAAACAAUCCCGCACAGAUGAUUCCAUUGUGCAUGCCUUGGAUCUGCUCAUGCCCUCCGUGGGCGAGUUAUGUGGCGGUAGUUUACGUGAAUGCGAUGAAUCCCGGCUACGUAACCAUCCCCAUUUACCAAAUGGACUUGAAUGGUAUUUGGAGUUACGUAAAUAUGGUGGUUUGCCGACUGCUGGUUUUGGUAUGGGGUUUGAACGUUAUUUGCAAUUGUUGUCUGGUAUUAAAAAUAUACGUGAUGUCAUACCUUUUCCGCGAUAUCCGCAUAGUUGUAAAAUGUAAUUGUUAUUUAAUUUUAAGCAGAAUUACCUUUGUAAUUUUUAAUAAAGUUGAUCAAAGAA